CUCUCUCCUACUUCCUCUUCCCCUCUGGUCAACACAGCUACCUGGACGACAUCUCUACGUCUUGGGUUCCUUUUUAUUCAGUUGACCCUGGCCUUCUAAGGCAAGAACAAAUGAUCCCUAACGUUUUGGAGUAUCGUUCUCCCUAAGUGACCUCAUCGACCCUUAUCCCUAUCUCCCCGGCAUUGAGCGCCAUAUCCAAUUGUCUUAGAUAGUUGUCUCGACAGCAUGCCUCCGCCGCCCCCGCCCCCGCCGCCACCCGGCGCGAUGGGUGGUCCUCCUCCUCCUCCCCCGCCAGCCAUGUUACCAAAUAGGCCGCCCAAAUCGGAGGUGAAAGAUCGGGGCGCGCUCCUGUCAGAUAUCAACAAGGGCGCCCGGUUGAAGAAGGCCGUUACCAACGACAGGUCGGCACCACAGGUCUCGGGGGGGGUGAAAUCAGGCGGCGCGCCUCCCGUUGCAAGUGCCCCGCCUGUCCCAGGAAUGAAGAAGCCCCCCACCGCACAAGCACCGCCAAUUCCAGGAGCAGCGAGCCGAGGACGGAGUGAUAGCGGAGCAGGAGCAGGAGGCGACAGCGCACCGGGAGCUCCUCCGCAGCUUGCUGGGAUUCUUGCUGGCGGGAUGCCCAAAUUGCGCAGUCGAGGAGGUGUCGAUACCGGUGCCAACCGUGACUCGCCAUAUAAGUCGGAAAAUGAUAGCUCUAGGCCCCCAGUUGCCUCAGCUCCAAAGCCUCCAGGCGUUCGUCCUCCACCACGCCCGGUUUCGGCAGGCUCUCCACCUGCUCCGGUGAACCCGCUGGUCGCGAAUCUCAGGAAACCUCCGCCGAGGCCGGGCUCUCGACCGUCGUCAACUAUCUCAACCGCGUCGGCAAAGUCAGCCCCCGAUGUUCCACCUCCUCGCGCGCCUCCGCCAGUGCCCGGUCCGGGAAGAGCGCCCCCUCCACCAAUAUUCUCCAAGAAGCCCUCUGCUCCCGCCCCACCGCCUCCCUCCGCCAGUCCGUCGGCACCACCCCCUCCUCCGCCUGCGGCGAACGCCCUUGGCCAUCACACCCCGUCCGCGCCCCCUCCACCCCCACCAGCAGCGUCGGCGCCCGCUGCACCUCCGCCACCUCCUCCCAGUCAGCCCUCUCAGCCUCCACAUUCCUUCGACGCUCCCGCCAGUUCCCAACCCAGUCGUUCCCCUCUGGACCCCAGCGCUUUCACCCUCACGAACGGCGGGCCGUCGCCGGGAUCGAGCCCUCUGGGUCCAGGUGCGCACGGGGCCAUUCGGGUAGAUGACAAUCGAUUCAAGUUCCAACCGGAGGGGCUUUUACCCAAGCCUCGGCCUUUCGUUGGGGGUACUCGACGGUAUCGCGCAGGGCGGGGAAGCAGUGUGCCGUUGGAUCUGAGGGCUUUGACUGGUUGAAGCAGACGUGCAAAGUAGUAGGCAGUGGUAGCGAAUCAAUAUAUUCUAUAAAUUGUAUCAUGC